UACUACCUGCAGGAGACAUAAACCCACACAAACCCUUUUCCCUUCACAUGCAGAUAGCUGCUAUUUGUGUUCCGCAACAGAUGUUGAGAAAAAUGAGGUUUAGUGUCGCCGGACUGGUGUUUCUAUGCAGCAGCCAGAUUGGGGCUCUGGUUGUAUUCCCAGAUAGUUCAGAGGUAAAACAUGGGAUGGUCACGACUGAGCACCCGGGAGAGGCAGAAGGUAGCCGCCAACCCAACAUGUCUGACUUGCUGUUGAAGCUUGUAGAAAUGGAGAACAGGCUUACAGCUGCUGAGAAUCAGGCAAAAGAUGUACAAAAAGAAAAUGAAGUGCUUAUAGAUCAGCUGAAAUACAUGGAGGCCAGACUGAGAAUCAGCGAAGUGCAGGUGGAGACAAUGAAUGCAAAAGCAGGAACAAAAGUGGCAUUCUCAGUUGGAUUAGGGGGUACUGGAUAUUAUGGACCUUUCAACACGGACGUCACUCUUGUCUACCCCAUCGUCUUAACCAACUUUGGCAACGCUUACAACCCGGCAACAGGCAUCUUUACGGCGCCAGUGGGAGGAGUCUAUCACUUCACAGUCUACCACCAUUCAGGACCGAACCGCCGCUCCGACUCCAUGCUGUACAAGAACCACGACCAAAUUGCAUUUAUUUCUGCUCUGAACAAGGAUGGGUCCUACAAUGGAUCUAAUGGUGUCAUACUGCAGCUGGAGAAGGGAGAUGUGGUAUAUGUCCGCCUGAUGGCUGAUUCAUGGCUCUGGGACCAUGUGAAUAAUGUCCCUCACCAUGGUUCCAAAGGAUGGUGCCACUUCAAUGGCAUUUUACUGUUUCCUGAGUAAACCUGAGUGCAACAAAAACCUAGAGUCAACUCAAAAAGUAUUGUCACUGUUCACGAAAUGAACAAAAACCUCCUGCAAAAAAUAAAUAACACAAAAAAAUCAA